AUUCACUCUCCCUUGGCAAAAUGAACAAACAGUUAAUAGUUCAAUUCCGCAACCGAUCAAAAGUUCGAAACGGAAGUGAACGCGUUCGCCUGAGCAGCAAGAGACGGAGAGAGUACAGUCUGGUGAUGCGGCAGGUAGUAGCACUGUUGAAGGAGCAAUCGCAUGUGAUGGUCAGAUUGUUGGUAUCGUCUUGGCUCAGAGAAGUUCCGGUGCAUGGUUCGCCGCUGAUAUUCCAGGAAUUCGGCGGCGUCUGUAUGUCCCAUUGUUCGAAAAUUGAGUUCAAUGCUCUCACUGCAUCCAAAUUCAAGAAACGUCAAAAUGUUUCUUGUGUUUUUCAGGUUUUAGAGGCAGCUGAGCUGAUUUAAUUUUUUUUUUUGGGUUUUCAUCCGGUAUCCAGGUUUCGCCACGAAUACUCAAAACUGUAUCAGUUGUGCCGUACAGAAUGGUGGUGAGUCUCCCAAUAAAAACUGCUACAUACA